CGUUGGCAAACUUCUCGAAAUUUUGUACCUCGGCGCCAAUGUUUAAACGCGUGAGAAUAUGCUUCGAAUCUAGGGCUCAUGGCGCCGAAGAAGGACACGCCGGCGCAGCGCGACGAGUGCGUCAACUACGCAAUGGAGGCGCUGUGGGGGAAUUUCGAUCAGUAUCUCAAGGACAAGGUCUACUUCCCUCGCAUAAUCUCUCACGCCGUGGCGAGAACCAUGGCCGGGAUGGUUCAUAUGGUGAGCGUGGGAUUGGUGCCGCGGAUGGAGAGCUGGGACGAUCCAAUCGUCCAAGGUAGGGUACCAGAGGAGUGGAUCGUUCCCCAGGAGCCAGUGUUGCCGCCGCUCGAUACCUGGGCUCGAUGCGUUCUCCCCGUCAAGCAGCGGCCAGAGGAGGUGUCGCCACCGCCAGCGCCGCCGAUCCAAGAGGAGCAGCCACCGCUGGAGCAGCCGCCCAGCCCAGCGAAGCCGGCGGCGAUCAAGGCGGUGGAAUCCAAGCCGGACAAGCCCAGGAGAGCGACGAUCACUGUCGCGCCGGGGCAACCGCUCGUCCCGCAGGGGGGAUCGCCUAAGCUCUACGAUCGAAAGGGGUCGCCGGUGAGGAGAUUUAGCGAAGGGACCGUGCUGCCACCAGAGAUGAUCCAGAAGAUCUCUCCGCCGCGGCCGCCAGAGGACACUGCGUCGAUCGACUCGUCGUCCGGGGGGGCGAGGAGCUCCAUGGCCAGGGGCUCCGUGAGGAAGAGCGAGCAAAGAAAAUCUCUCGUCCCUCCGUCUCAGCGAUCCAACAAGCUCGCUGGAGAUGCGGCGCCCAAAGCCGGAGGCUCCUCCAGGACCACUCGCAGAGCUUCCAUAAAAUAAGUUCUUCCCAGAUCCAAAGCUCGCACAGAUUUCUCGUCUACGCAAAGUCAAAGUUUCAAAAUGACAAACCUAUUUGACAUGCUGGCCAGGCAUUGACAAAGCGGUCAACGCUCUUCCAAACUAUCGACAGGCAUUGACAAAAUGGUCAACGCUCUACUAUAAACGAUUUGACCUCCCAAGUUAAUUGACCUAUUGACCAUCGUUGACAAA